AUGCCUUCAAGCUCGAAUACCUCAUGGACGCCAUCUGCCGGUCGGCAUCAGUUGAAUAUUGGCUCCUCGCUUGGACGAGCCCUGAGAGCACGGAAGAACAAUACACCUGGUCAGCAGCCUGCAAAACGAAAUAUUUUACCUGAACGCGAGUUUUACUCUGUGCGGUACGGCUUCAAGCCUUCAUUGAUCGACUCUACGAAACCCGGUUCCCUAGAAGUCAGACGCGCCAAUGACAAUUCGACUAGCUCAGUAACAGUGGAACAUGCCAGUUCUCAACCUGGAGAAAUUUAUGUAUUUCCUGGAAAUGAAGUAGCUUCGAAGGAUUGGAUCUGUGUGCUCAUUUAUGAUGAAGAAACUGGGGGAUACACACUCGAGAAACUCGAAUCCUCCAUUGCACUCGGUCCACCGGAGAAGCGGGCUGGAUCUACUCGGCCUUCUCGCUCUCCUUCCGCCCAGGUGAAUUCUCCUCCAGCCUUAACUCCAGCGACCAGUACGCAUCAGACAGCAGACGCCUCAAAUGCGAAAAUCGAAGACUUUCUCUCAAGCUCUAUGCUCUCGAAUCAAUCUAAGGAAUUAGAUGACGAUGACGAAGAAAUUCCCUUAAAUGUACAAGUCAAAAUUUCUCCCACUCAGCGUCCGAAGAAGGCUUUACCUCAUAGAGCUCAUGUCCAGGAAGAGACGUCGUCUUCUCUCGUUCUGCCAACGACUAAAGCAUCUACAUCCACCUCUAUACCCCCGAAUUCAACAUAUAAAAAGGCAAGCAAGAGAGUAACGCCUACUCUCUUAGAUGCAGAGGACGAGACACUGGAAUUUGGGCGCUCUGCAAAACGAAAUCGAGCUUCCCCUGCACCUGUCCUUCCUCCUAUUGUGGAGUCUAAACGCGGUCCAUCACCUUCUCGCCUCGAAUUGCCUGGAAUGGCAGAUGCAGUGGUACAACCACCGCCUAUCCCCGUUCUUUCCAAACUCGUCCAGCCCAAAUCCAAGCCAUCCUCGUCAACCUCUCGGUCUCAACCAGCUGCUCCGUUACCUCUUUCCCCCAUGCCGCUUGCUGCGGGUUCUGACUCAGAGGAAGAAGAAUGGGAUGAAGUUGCUGCUCCAAGCUCUGUUGCUGCUGGGCCCAUGACGGUAGAAGAUGACGGAGGAGAGGAAAUCGAUAUCAAUGAACUUGAAACAUUAAUAAAUAAUCACCUGGAGGACGAUGAGCAGGAGCCGGAAAAUUUUCUGGAUAUGGCCAUUCCACCUGAGGAGUCGCCCGUGCUUUCAAUGGGUCCGCCGAUAUCGCUGAAGCAGUUUGCCGGAGGGGACAGUGCGGAUGAUGAUGAAGACGAGUAUUCUUCGAGCGACGACAGUGAUGAAGACUAG